GACGCUUAACGCGGCCCCACUUUCCCUCUUCUUUACUUCACCUCUUCCGCAUAAAUCUCUGCAACUCCCAAACCAAAACCCCCUCUAAUUCUUUUCACACUUCUGUUUACUUUCCCAGGAGGAAUAGAGCCCAAAAUCUCUAAACGCUUUAGUAAAAUCUUCGAAAGCAGAAGUUCAAGUCUUUUGUGUUUUUAAAGAACAUAGUUGCAGUUAUGACUUCGCCUUCACCAAGGAAGAAAAACCCAGCAGCUGAAGCGGUGGUGGUCCAACCAUCGUCUCCACGAUUCCCGACUUCUGGGGCGCAACGGAGGAUAGGCAUCGCGGUGGAUCUUAGUAACGAGAGCGCUUACGCCGUCAAAUGGGCAGUCCAGAACUACCUCCGUCACGGAGAUGCUGUCAUCCUUGUCCACGUGCGAACCACGAACAUACUUUACGGUGCCGACUGGGGCUCUAUUGACCCAUCUAUAACUGAUUCCGAGAACCAAAGUGAACAGUCCAAUAAAAAGAUUGAGGACGAGUUUGACCUCUUCACCAAUACUAAAGUCAAUGAGUUGGCUCAACCGUUGGUGGAGGCGCAGAUUCCCUUCAAGAUUCAUAUAGUCAAGGAUCAUGACAUGAAGGAAAGACUCUGCUUGGAGGUGGAAAGGCUGGGACUGAGUGCAGUGAUUAUGGGUAGCAGAGGAUUUGGGGCUUUGAGGAAAAGCACAAAAGGAAGGCUUGGUAGUGUCAGUGAUUACUGUGUUCAUCACUGUGUUUGUCCUGUGAUUGUUGUGAGGUUCCCUGACGAGAAUGAUGGUUGUCGUGCUGAGGGCUCAGGUGGCAGAUAUAAGAGAGGAGAGAAGGAUGGGGAGCUGCCACCAGUGGUGGAGGAGGCAGAGCAGGAGCACCACGGUGCUUCUGAUAAACAAGCAGAUAUGGAAAGAGCUUCGUGAGUAGACAGUGGAGAUGCUGAGAUGUCAAAAGCGAAAAAUGAUCGGGAUGGUUGUAACUUAAAACGGUCAUGCCUCACGAGAAAAUUUUAGACAGCUACUGUUUGUUAUGUCUACCUCUGUACUACCUUGCAUCUGUUUUGGUGAUCACCUGCUGUGUUGCUUGCACUUGCAGGUCUCUUGAUAUUACAUUAAUAUAAUAGGCAGCCGCUUUUCUUUCUGUAUCUUGUGAUAAAAUGUCCGAUAAGAACCUGUUUUACUGGGUUGCCUGUCAUGUAAAAAUAUCGACAUGUAUUCAUCCCUUCAAUUGUUGUUGCUGCUAGUUUUCGAUG